GUAGUAGCGAGUAGCAGUAGCUAGUAGAAGGAGCGAGUAGCAGUAGCGAGAGGAAUAUUGAGGCAUCGAGGAUGAUGGUUUGUGAUGUGCUAAAGGAACGACUGCCAACUAGCGAGUCGUAUUUGAGUAGAGAGUCGUUUUCAACGUAAAGUAACGAGUGAACAGCUAUGGCACGGGCAUAUGCUAUGGCACAACGAAAAUGUAGUUUAUAUAUCCAGCAACAACACUCACAACCAUCACACAUCACAUCUUCUGCUAACAACUAAACAACUAAUAAUCAUAGCGUAUCCGAUGAUUAAAUGAUUCCAACGAGGAUUCUAGAGAGAAGCUGAGGGUGGAGUAAGGUUUGCCCUGGUUUCAGGGACAUUUGAUGACGUAUGCACCGCAAUCCUUUACCUUUCCCAAACUUGCUGUAUCAGAUAUCUUCAUUAAUUAUGCACUGAGUGCCAUAGCCACCCUACUAUACGCAUAGUUUCACACGCAACUGGUCGCUCUGAUGGUGGGCUCUGGGCCCUGGCUCGAGGCGUCCUGGUGACAGUACGUCCUGGCAGCUGGUAGGCUAAAAAUGUCGGCAACGGAGGAGCACGAGCCUAAGGUCAGUUUCUGGGAACGGCACGAGUUCAAGUUCUACAAGUACGGCCACAUUUACGCGGUCAUCUACGGCCAGGUGGUCAUCGACUAUGUACCCCAGCAGCCAAUGCGACGGGGUCUGAAGACCGUGCUGAUCGCCUACAGUCACUUGCUCAGCCUGAUACUGAUCGUGGUCCUGCCCGGGUACUUUGUCUACCACUUCCGGACCCUCACCGAGACGCACGACCGUCGCAUGCAGCUCAUGCUGUACGUGAGCUUCGCCAACACGGCCAUCAAGUAUGCGACGGUGAUCGUGACGUAUGUGGCCAACACCGUGCACUUCGAGGCCAUCAACUAUCGGUGCACGGUGCAGCGGCAGCGCCUGGAGACGGCCUUCGUGGGCGCCCCCAAGCAGCCGAAGCGGAGCUUCGAGUUCUUCAUGUACUUCAAGUUCUGCCUGAUCAACCUGAUGAUGCUCGUCCAGGUGGCAGGCAUAUUCGCGCUAUACGGGGCCGCGGACGGGCCCUCGGUCAGCCAGGUGCGCCUCCACUUUGCCAUCUACGCCUUUGUGCUGUGGAACUACACGGAGAACAUGGCCGAUUACUUUUACUUUGUGAAUGGCAGUGUUUUGAAGUACUACCGCCAACUGCACCUGCAACUGGUCUCGCUGCGGCGGCAGCUGGGAGGUCUGAGGCCGGGCGGUAUGCUGAUGGAGCACUGCUGUCGCCUGAGCGAUCGCCUGGGGGAGCUGCGGCAGCGAUUCGGCCAGAUACACGACCUCUAUUCAGAGAGCUUUAAGAUGCACCAGUUCCAGCUGCUGGGCCUGGUGCUGGCGACCCUGAUCAACAACCUGACCAACUUCUACGCCAUCUUCAAUAUGCUGGCCAAGCAGUCGCUCGAGGAGAUCAGCUUCCCGAUCGUGAUCGGGUCUGUGUAUGCCACGGGCUUCUAUAUCGACACCUACAUUGUGACCCUGCUCAACGAGCACAUUAAGCAGGAGCUGGAGGGAUUCGCCCUCACGAUGCGUACCUUUGCCGAGCCCCCAUCCACGGUGGAGCAGCGUCUGACCCAGGAGAUCGAAUACUUCUCUCUGGAACUUCUCAAGUGCCGACCGCCCAUGCUCUGUGGCCUGCUGAACUUUGACCGUCGCCUGAUCUAUCUGAUCGCCGUCACCGCCUUCUGUUACUUUAUCACCCUGGUGCAGUUCGAUUUAUACCUCCGCAAAAGCUCCUAACAAGCCACAAACCGCACCCAGAGCACCCAUACAGCACUCCCUCCAAAUGGAAUUCCACAGCAAGACGUUCCUUAAGGCAGUAUCUCAAAUGCCCUAACAGAUGCAUGCAAACCCUUUAUUAAACUCCCCCAAGAGUCGGAGUCGGAGUAAAAAGCUGUAUCAUCUAGAAGAGGUCCCGUUUUUGAUCAGAUUAGAUCCAGUAAAGAUCUUGAUACAAUUUCACUAGUA